AGCGAAUGCAAGCUCGGGCCAGCAUUGUUGCACACAACAUAAUCCGCCGCCAUGGCAAGCUGCCCGUACGCUGCGUUCGAAUCGACGCUCACGACAGACGCGCGCUACUGCGGUGCGGCGCUGCCGUGUGUCGUGGACGCGUCCUGCGCGAUGACGGCAACAGUGGCAGCCACCGGCCGCGUCCGCAGCAUGGUCCACCUUGGCGACCUCUCCCGCUGGCCCACAAGCCACAUGCGCUUUGACGGCAGCACCAAUUUGAGCCUAGCGGACACGGUCCUGCCGGCCGCCAACAUCACCGGCCUGUACUUGACGGACUGCGGCUUGACCGACUGGCCACCUUCGCUCGUGCUUCCGCAUGGCUUGGAGCAAUUGAGCGUGAGCUGCAACAAUCUCACGCAAUACCCCGCAAUACUUCCCCUUGGUCUGCACGCGCUGUACGAAGUUCAUAUGUGUGCUGUCCUGACGCGAGAUGUCGUUAGGUCGCUCAAUGGCAACCAGCUAACGGAACUCACGAACGUUGUCAUUGCUGCCGACGACUUUGACGCAGCGAGCAACCGCAUCGAGUAUGUAGCCAACGUCUCGUUCGAUUGCGAGAUCGUGAAGCUCGGUGGUGGCAAGGCUUCGUCUGGAAACCCCAUCACGUCGCUGGUCAACGUGACCUUUUCAAACCGUCUCACCAACCUGGACUGCGGCUCGUGCAACGUAACCCACUUUGUUGUCGACAGCGCGUCGUACACGGCCUUGUCCAACGCGAUUUUGCACUUUGGUGCCAUCGCUUUCAACGCCACCGCGUGCGCUGCAGCCAACGGCGUCGCCAAGCCGCUCGACAAUAGCUUCGUCUGCGUCACGCCGCCGGCUCGCAGCGAUACCAUGGUCUUUGCGGCGUCCAGCGCAGCAUCGCCGUCGUCAUCGACCUUGAUUCUUAUCAUUGUGGUCCUUAUCGUCGUGCUGUUGGGCCUCGGAGUUGCCCUGUUUUGCCUGUGGAAGCGCCGCCAGAGCCCGCCGACCCCCAAAACCAUUGGGCACCUCAACGUGCGGGCGCCAAACGUCAUGACCAAUGUGUCACCGACGGCGACGGCCAAGCUCAACCCGAUAUUAGAAGCGCUAACGUCGGUGCGGCUGCCCUUGGAGGACGUCAUGCUCUUGCGCAAGCUCUCGGAAGGCGCGUUCGGCGAAGUCUGGAAAGGCACGCUCAACUCGGAGAUCGUCGCUGUCAAGAAGCUCUUGCCACACAAGGCCGAUGUCGAAGAUGCCAUCAAAUUCAUCGACGAAGUCAAGCUCAUGGCCGAGUUCAAGAGUCCGUACAUUGUGUCCUUGCGUGGCGCUGCGUGGACAAGCCCCGUCGAGCUCCUCGCAGUCCUCGAGUACAUGGACAAGGGCGAUCUCAAGGACUACCUGGCACAGACGACUCCGGAUCAAGUCAGCUGGACCGAGAAGCUCGGCAUUCUGCGGCUCGUCAUGCGGGGUCUUGCGUACCUGCAUGCGCGCAAGGUCAUUCACCGCGACCUCAAGUCUCGCAAUGUCCUCCUUGACGCGAAGAAGGGUGCCAAGCUCAGCGACUUUGGCGUCUCCAAGGCCGAGAGUGAGAGCACGAUGACGUGUGGCGUCGGCACGUAUCGCUGGAUGGCGCCCGAAGUGCUUCAGGACUCGCACUACUCGGUCGCGGCCGAUGUCUACUCGUUUGGCAUGAUCAUAGCGGAAAUGUGCACGCACAUGAUCCCGUACGCCGACUUGAAGACCGCCAAGGGACAACCGGUCGUCGACACGGCCAUCAUGGCCAUGCUCAUCCAAGGCACGAUCGAACCGACCUUCUCGGACGCCUGCCCUGCGCCGCUUCGCGCACUCGCCCAGCGCUGCACCUUGCGUGUCUCGACGGACCGACCGGCGGCCGAAGACCUUGUCCACGAACUCGAUGCCAUGACGCUCUAAGCCUGGGUGCUACAUGUGUGCCCCUGGGUACUUGGUUGUGUUGACGAAUUCAACACUAAUUUGACAAAAACAUUCACGCUUAUGCACUGUACUAGUACGGAGACGUGCUAGUACGGUAGUGCAGCAUUGCA